UUAUGUAGUAACUUAACCUUAAUGUGUAAUUGUGUAAAGUAUUAUUAUUUUAGUAUUUUUAAUUCCAAUCAUUUUAUUACUUGCAAUAUAUUAGCAAUGCGUUACUGUGAAGUAGAAGGAUGCAACAAUUCUAGUAUUCGUGGUUUUAAAAUGUGUCACUUUCCAACGUCUUCAAAUCGAAGGCAGAAAUGGAUUGAGUUUGUCGGCCGUGCAGGAUGGACACCUAAAAAAUAUUCAACAUUAUGUGAGAUACAUUUUGACAAAAAUAUGUGGGAAAAUGAACAGAUUUUUGGGAAAAAGAAAUUGAAGUUAUGUGCCGUGCCUACUAUUUUCUUGAGGCCACCUGCUAUUAGUCCUGCAACUGUCUUGAAUCGGGUCUGGAACAGAAGUAUUUUAAGAGUCAAUUGUAACUCAUCGUCAGUCGAUGCCAAGUCAUUACUGACCCAGCCUCUUGUGUCAUCACCAAAGAUGGCCAGUUCUCCGAGAAUUAAUACCUCGCAGAUCUCAAUAGAUAAUAAUUCACAACAGACUCUUCUUAUGAAUGCUGAUCACUCGAUUUGUGAUUCUAAUAGAAUUGUAGACAAAGCGAAACCUCAAAACGAUCCUCAUGAUGUCCACUUAAAGGAAAUAAAUAUGUUAAAAAAAAUAGUGAACGGAUUUUAAGUGCAUGAAAACGCAACACAAGAAACACAGAAAGGCAUUACUAGAGGAAAUAAAGAUACUUCGAAAA